AUGCAGGUGGAUAAAAGCUCGGAGUUCAUGAAACUAUGUAUGUUUGGGGAUAAUUUUGCCAAUAAAUUGGAGUCCAUACCUCUAUCAAGUGAUCCGGUUGCCCGUCGAAUUGAUGAUAUAGCUGAAGAUGUAGAACAUCAGCUACUCGGGAAGUUACGAGACAAGUUGUUUUCAAUUCAGCUUGAUGAGGCAACGAACAGCCAUAAAGAUGCUCAUCUUAUUGAAUACGUAAGAUUUUGUGAUGGCAUAUCAGUAGUAGAAGAACUACUUUUCUGGAAACCUAUAGAGCUCAAAGCAACAUAG